CCAAGUUCUAGGGCCGUAAGUCGUUAGUUGUGUUACUUACAAUUAAAUCAACUGUGUAUUUGUAACACAGGUAUAUACUAUACUUUACACAUAUACUAUAACUGUUUAGUAUAAGUAAAAAAAAAAAAGAGUACGGUUAAGUUCGGUAUAGAGUAUCGGUGAAAUCGAUAACAAACAUUAUACCCGUUCACUCGCUCCCUUCCCCAUAAAUAAUUCAUCAUUAAAAUCGUCUUAUCAAACGUGCGUGACGCAUGCAAUGCCGGCGCAACAGCCUCAAGCCUGCGGUACAACGGCUAUUCGAGGAGCAGCCGGCACUGCUGACCGUCAGGAACAGCAGAAAAGCAUCGACGCGAGGGCGCAUGGGAUCAUCAGUAGCAGCACUGCAGCCCAGCUUACCCGAACACUGGCUCAGUCCGAGGCUCGGCUGAGCACGGGGGCGGAUAACGAGAGCUGCUGCAACCCUUUCCGAAUACCCAACCACCACGUAAGAGGAAAGAACUCGUUGAGGAACGUGCCCGCGACAGUGCGUGAGUGCCUGACUCAUGUUAACUUCAAGGGAAAGCGUAUUUGCUACUCUUGUCGCAUGCGCGUUUACGAGAUGCUCAAGGAGCGCAGAGUCAUAAAGCCAUCGUCAUCAAGGAUGAGUCUAGUUACUCGAGGCUCUAGUGUGGCUACCGCAGCCAAACGGAAACAACAGCAGCAGCAGCAACAGAGAAAGAGCGAGCCUACGUCGGCGAUGAACCGGCUCAGUCAGUCCGCUGCUCCAACACCCGCACCUGUAACUGCCGUUAACCGGAGGGAGGAGGUAGAAUCCGCGAUGUCCACCCAGGAGUCGAGGGAGAGGCUACCCAUACCAACGACGGCCCGGGAUGCCGUCGAACAGAUGGCAGCGAUCGCACCCGAACAUAAUAAUAUGUCGUCGGUUGACCUCGUAGAUAAUUUGAACAGGAUGUCGGAGUCGACUAUAGCAAGACGCACCAAAUCUCAACUGGCACUGCCCCCGGAUCUAUGUCCUAGCAAGCAGAUCUGCUGCUUCUGUUUUAUGAGCGAAAAUAAUGAACUGGAGUUUGGCAAGCUCUAUCAUUACAAUGGCAUUGUUACGCAUUAUUACUGUCUGCUAUUAUCUUCAAAUAUGGAGCAAAAAGGAAGUGAUGACCAAGGUAUAUUAGGAUUCUUGGAGGAAGAUAUACAAAAAGAAAUCAGAAGAGGAAAAAGACUUUAUUGCUCAUACUGCAAAAAGAAUGGUGCAACUCUAGGAUGUUGUAAUGCCAAAUGUAAACGUAUUUUUCAUCUACCAUGUGGUUUAAAGGCUGGAUCCUUACAUCAGUUUUUUGGAGAAUUCAGGUCCUAUUGUAUCAACCACAGACCAAGACAGAAGAUCGAUGAUCGGGUUAAAAGGGAAAUCGGAAAAAUGUCCAAUAUUUUGUGUUAUAUUUGUUAUGAGGGAGUAAAACCAUUAGAUAGCAAUGGAACCCUAUGGGCACCGUGUUGUAAAAAGAACGCUUGGUUUCAUCGAAGAUGCGUUCAACAACUUGCCAUGAGUGCAGGUUACUUCUUCAAAUGCCCAUUAUGUAACAAUAAAAGAGAAUUUCAAACUGCCAUGUUAGAAUAUGGCAUAUACAUCCCAAGACAGGAUGCGUCUUGGGAACUUGUGCCAAAUGCAUUUGAAGAAUUAUUAUAUAGACAUGAUCGUUGUGAUUCCAAAAUAUGCCAAUGCGCAAAAGGCAGAACGUACACAAGUAGUAAUGGAAAAUGGGAAUUGAUACUUUGUCGAACAUGUGGCUCACAAGGAAUACACGUGUUAUGUGGUCAAUUGAAGUGGUCAAAUCCAACGUGGGAUUGUCCAGAAUGUACUCUUAUUUUAAAGAAUAAUUGCGAAAAUACGACUGAUGAUUUGACGUCAAAUUCGAAUGAAAUUACUAGACAUGGAGGAAAUACCCUUGAUACUACAGCUAUGGAUAACAAUGAGGAUAGUGAUUCUGAUAUAUCAGUUGGUAAUGAUUCCUCACCUGUAGACAGUAGUUUGCAUGACAUUCCAAAGAACAUACCCCAAGUCAAAUUACGUCCUGGUCCAAAAUCAUUCAAGUUACAGCAAGUCCAAAAAAUAAAAAAAAGCAUUGAUACUGUCAGUUCUAAUAACACUAAUCCAACAUCCACCAGUAGUUCCUCGAAUAGUAUUGAAAAUUCAGUUUCCAAAGCAGCUACUGAAGUCAUAUGUCUAGAUAGCGAUGACGAAGCCCCUGAAAUUCUGUGCGAAACCACAAUGAGAAAAACAAAUAAAGUCGGCCAAUCAGUCAUGUUACAUGGUAAUUUUAAUGGAGCUAGCAGCAGCAAUCCAUUUGACAUCUCGAAUACUGGCUUGAUGACGAGUUUUCAAAUGUCCCCGUUCAGUCUUACAAAUUUAUCGCCUCUGACCAUUCCCAUGCAAAAUAAUAUCGAAGAGUCAUCUCCCUUCAACAUAAUCAUAAGUAACGUGACCUCUGUACCUGCGGAAUUUUUCGCUAGUGUACCAGAAGAAUCAACUGAAGAAUUGACGCCAACCAUAGAAUUCCCUGCAUUGACAGCUACACAGUCACCAGAAGCGCAACAGAAACCACCAUUGAAAAGGCCUCGUCCUACCGAAGAUAACGAAAUUAAAGUAUUUACUAAAAUGUCAAAGCAAGCUCGUCUCGAUAAUGACAGCACUGUGAAUGAUAAUACGGAAAGCUCUGUAGCAGUCCCGAGUAGCAGUACCAGUAUUUUGAAUACUUUAACGGUGGACGCGGCUGCUCGCUCAUUGUCUAAUGUUACACUUGCGAGUUCUAGCAAAGUCAAUACGACAACAACUGGGGCUGGAUCCAACGGCGUGUCCCUCGAAAAUUGUCACCGAGAUGCAGGCUCAACACCUACUGUGUACGACAACGGAUACGUCAACGUUCGUACAACAGUUCCAGCCUACUUUGCAGCCGGUGAUGGCAAGUCCAAACUACCCUUCGAUAUUCCAACAACUGAUUCUGAGGCCAAUACCACUGCAAGAAACCUAUCCGAACCUAUUCAUACCGUUUUCAAAAAUCCAACUGCCAAUAGCAGCGGCAGCUGCUGCAGUAGCAGAAGUUCCAAGCCAAGAUGUUCCUCCAGUGAUCGAACUAGAUUGAUUCCAGACAUCGUUCGUCUGAGCGAUCUGAAAUUCAGAAUUUUCGAAGACAACAUUGAGUUAUCGCUUGGCAAUCGUAAAAUUCAAGUAAAAAGAAACUGCGAGCUGAAGAAUACGGAUAGCAAAUCGAACGAGCCAAGCAGCGACUACAAUCAGUCCAUGUCAUCGUCGCCGUUGGAAUCUCAGUAUGUAUCAAGCGAUAAAAGCUCUAGUAAACCAAACUUUCUGCGAUUCGAUGAUUCUGCGACAGAAUCAACUCAUUCGCGUCAUUUGAGAAGCCGCGGUCUCAAAAAUUUUGUAUACGAGGAUGACAAUACCUUACUGGAAUAUCCGACAUCGAACAUUGAUACUUCUGGUGGGGCAAAGCUCAUGAAAAAGUCCAAUAAACAGGGCCGUAAUGAACUUAAAGAAAAUUUGGAUCCAGAAGUUUCAAGCUCGAGCAAGAACAACGUUCUUGAUAAUGUAAAUAACAAUCAAACUAGUUCCUCAGAUUUAAAAGAUAUUUUUAAUUCACUUGAAAAAUCGACCAAAGACGAUGAUAGUACUAGCCUGGUAAAAAAAGAAGAUUCAGACACCAAUCAGCGUUUGUUACGGAGAAGUGGUCGUACUAUUCGUCACUUCCGAUCUAUAAAGUCGUCGAAUGGACUAAUCGACAGUGAUUCUGUUUCUCAAUCGGUUGAAAAAUCAAAUCAAACGAUUGAUCAGCCAAUUCGAAAUACCAGGUCUCAAAAAGUUAUUAAGGAUUCCGAUUCUCAAAAAGAAAACAAUCAUUUGAAAAAUGUUGAUAUUAACGACUUGCGGUUCGAUUUGACGGGUAAGGUAAAGCGAGAUGAUGAAGAAAUCGACGCGGAUGAGGAUUUCAGAGUUAGCAUAGAUUUACAAAAGCUAAAGAACUUCAUGAGCGUGAAGCCUGAUUUAUUUUUAAAAACAAAUGGUGUUCAUGGAAAGCUGCAUAUUUACAAUGUGAAUGUAAAAUUGAGAGUUGAAUUGAGUACAGGUGAAACCAAGUAUCUGACUAAGUCUCAAAGCUUUGAUUGCCUUUCAGAUAUUGAUAAAAAUGACGAUUUUCAGUUCAACCACAUUAAAUGUAAAAGCCUUAACGACUUGUCGCAAAUCGCUAGUAUAAAUAAUUCAAAGUUGACUGUUAAACGAGGCUACGUUGAUAAGAGAGUCAGAAGAAGUCAGCGGCGUAAAUCGAAACGAUUUGAGAAGCAUGAAUGCGUUAGGUAAUUUAGUUCACAUGUUUACAAAAACGUUUGAAAUUGUAUAUUAUUUUUUGAUGAAUGAAUAUGAGACAUACAGUUUAUACAACAAAGCUUUGAACACAGUUGAAGUAUGAGUGCAAUCACUUUUUUUUUCGGUGUAACCAGAAGCUAUUUAAUGACUCAUGAAUUUACUUUUACUUAUGCAAAAAUUAAAUAAAUAGUUUGUACAAAUUUCAUAACAUCAAUGUAAUAAAUUAACUGAAUAGUUUUUUAUUCGGUUUUUGUGAUAAAUUAACUAUAAAAUUAAAAGUUGUUUCUUUUAAAGAAAAAUUAUUUACAUCAAAUAGACAGUGCUGAUGUUAUGUUAUGUAAAUAGUAUGAAUGUAAGCAGUAUGUACAACUUUUAAUAUGCAUUGUAAACGGUUGUAACAAUGUCCAUUUUAUAAAGUAAAACUAAUUCAGAUAA